AUAAUAAUUAUUAAAAACCGUUUAGAGUUAAUUUAUAUUGUUUAUUUGUUUUUUUCUUAUUUUAAUAGUAAAUUAGUGCUAUAUUCAAAUUAUAGUUUUUGCACAGUCUAGUUGAUCAACUGAUAUAAUGUUGCGUUUUUUUUGUUCUAAACCUAUCAACUUAAAAACAUUGCGUUUUUUUAUCGCUAAAUCAACUACAAAAUCCAAUGUGACGUAUACAAAACAUAUUAGACAAUUUUUAAAGAAAAAACCUCCGUCCACCGUGACCACGACAAAAUCAAAACUAUCCCCGCUAUGGUGUCUAGUGGGAUUUUCUGGAUAUAUUGGUUCAAGAUAUUUUAACAAUCAACAAAAUAUUGCAUUCUGUGAAAAUUCUAAACUUGAAAAAACAUCAAAAGAAUAUUUUGAUUGGAAUAAAUUUCUAUCAUAUUUAUCUCCAGAUACUUUCAAUUUACUGACCGCUAUCAUUGCAGCGUUUAUUGUAGCUUUGUGCAAUUUAAGUAUACCAAUCAAUUUACAACAAGUUAUAAAUACUGUUCUUUAUUUUGUUCGUGAAAAUAUGCAAUUCGAUUUUAAUCAAAUCGCCAAACCGUUAUCCAAACUUUUGGCGCUCUACUUAGCACAAGGAAUUUCUACAUUUGUUUGCAUAAGUAUGUUGUCCAAAGUAGGUGAGAAUGUCGCUAUUCGUAUGAGAUAUGAACUGUUCUCGUCAAUUUUACGACAAGAAUUAGAGUUUUUCGACAAAACUCGCACAGGAGAUAUUUUACAAAGAUUAACUACAGAUGUUCAAGAAUUUAAAAGUUCGUUUAAAAUUGUCAUCGUGCAAGGUCUAAAAAAUGCAACACAAUUGAUCGGUGGAGUGUAUACACUUUAUCAUACGUCACCGGAAAUGACAGCAGCUGUAGCUAUUAUUCUCCCUUCCGUUAUCGUUAUCGGUACAUUUUUUGGCUCUAUUUUAAGAAAAUUAAGCAGACAAGCGCAAGAACAAGGCACAAAAGCUACAAUUAUAGCAGAAGAAGUUGUGGGUAAUAUAAGAACUGUCCGUGCGUUUGCAUCCGAAAAUCAAGAAUGUGAACGGUUCUUGGAAGAAAUUGAAAAUAACGGUUUAUUACAUAAAAAAUUAGGCUACGGUAUUGGCUUAUUUCAGGCAGGCAGUAACGUGUUCUUAAACGGCAUUGUUUUGGGUACAAUUUUUCUUGGUGGACAACUAAUGACGACUAAUAAAUUGGAUCCUGGACAGCUAAUGUCUUUUUUAAUGGUCACUCAAAUGUUGCAACACUCGAUGGGACAGUUCUCACUAUUAUUCGGUCAUUACGUCAAAGGUGUUGCCGCCGGCUCCAGAAUAUUUGAGUACAUCAAUAAAAUUCCUAAAUCUCCACUUGAAGGUGGUUUGAAAAUACCGUAUCAUUCGUUCAAGCCUGAAAUAGAAUUCGAAAAUAUUACUUUCUCCUAUCCAACUAGAGCGGAUCAAAUUGUGUUGAAAAAUUUUAAUCUUAAACUCCCUCCUGGUAAAACUGUAGCCGUUGUUGGCUCAUCGGGAAACGGUAAAUCCACAAUUGCCGCACUGCUUAUGAGAUUUUACGAUGUCAACUUUGGCAGUAUUAAAGUGAGCGGCGAAGACAUAAAGAACCUCGACCAGACGUGGUUACGAAGGCGAGCAAUAGGACUAAUAAAUCAAGAACCUGUGUUGUUUGCAAUUUCUAUUUUAGAAAAUAUACGAUAUGGCAAGCCAGAAGCAACCGACAGUGAAGUGAUCGAAGCGGCUAAAAUCGCUAAUGCUCAUUCGUUCAUAUCAUCUUUUCCAAACGGAUACGACACGGUUGUCGGAGAGCGUGGUGUCACGGUAUCGGGAGGACAAAAACAGCGUAUCGCCAUCGCCAGAGCAAUACUCAAAAACCCGUACAUACUCGUUUUGGACGAAGCCACGAGUGCCCUCGAUACUGAAUCAGAGAUGCAAGUCCAAUCGGCUUUGGAAUCUGUGUCAAAGGGUAAAACAGUUUUAGUGAUUGCUCAUCGACUAAGUACGGUGAAGAACGCGGACAUGAUAGUAGUGUUGAACAAAGGAGAAGUUGUCGAAAUUGGCGACCACAAAACAUUGUUGACGAAAAAAGGGUUCUAUUGGAAUCUAAUGAACCAACAAACGUCAGACAAAGCUAAAGCCGCGUGAUUUUUUACUUGAAUUUUAUAGGUUUAUAACAGAUAUUAUAUAUUAUAAUGUUGGUAAUUAUAUAAAUAAAUAUAUAUAUUUUGUUAUCUAGAC